AACAUUAGCUGUCCUGCAUCUCAGCCAGGUGCAACCCAGAGGACUCAUUACAUUACAUUACAUUAAAUUCAUUCAGCAGGCGCUCUUAUCCAAAGCAAUUUCCAGCACAGAAAGACAGAGGUGUAUCAGGUGUAACAGCAGUUAUCAGCUCUCCUUGUAUAAAUAUAAAUGGCCACAUAUUCCAGCUGCUCAGAUCCCGUCAGCUGCAGCGCAGAGAUCGAUCGUCCUGCACGCGGACACGCUGACACUGAAAGGAUGAGAUACGCCUCCUGCUACAGUCUCCUCACGGUGCUGCUCCUCUCUCCCCUCUGUGCUGGUGUUGCACUCGACACACCAUGCAGUGAAGAGAACCUGGCCAUCCAGGGAGGUACCUACAACCUUACGAGGGGCCUGGAAGUGGGCAGCACACUGGUGUACCGGUGCCCUGCGGAUUACUACCCAUUCCCCACGGCAGUGCGACACUGUCUGAGGAGGGGCAGGUGGCACCCGAAGCCCGAUCCAAAACGCCCCGCGGAGUGCAGACUGGUGACAUGUGCAGACCCAUUGGUUCUGGAAAACGGGGCAGUCCUGCCAACUCAAUCGAAAUACUACGUCUACAAUGUCACGACCUACGAGUGCUUUGAUGGCUACAAUCUCCUCGGCUCCAAAUCCCGCAUCUGCCAAUCAAACGGCAAGUGGAACGGAUCCACGCCCAUCUGCGACCGUGGCUCGGGUCACUGCCAGGACCCUGGUAUCCCCCCUGGUGCCAGAAGAACGGGGGAGUAUUUUGGAAUUGAUGACACAGUGACCUAUCGCUGCGACCAGGGCCUGACCCUCGUGGGAUCAAAGGAAAGAAUCUGUCAGGAGAGCAAAGAAUGGACCGGCAUUGAGCCUGCCUGCUACAGUAAAUUCAUGUACGACACGCCUCAGGAGGUCUCUGAGUCAUUCGCCACCUCGCUCAAAGACACGCUGACUCCCUUUGUGGCUGAGGAUGACAUUCAGUAUGAAAAGAAGAUUCGGCUGGACAGAGAUGGGGACCUCCACAUCUACAUUGCGCUGGAUUCCUCUGAUAGUGUCCCCAAAGGUCAUUUCGAUGAUGCCAAAGACUGUGUCAAGAAGCUUAUAGAGAAGAUCAGUUAUUUCGAGGUCACCCCCCUGUAUGACAUUGUGGUCUUUGCCACCGAUGUGGCGAGUAUUGUAUCCAUAACUGACCCUCCAAGUAAAACAAAGAACGUCAUCGAAGAGCUCAACAAGUUCCAGUACGAGGACAAGGGGGACCGAUCAGGCACCAACAUCGGCCAGGCCUUCAUGCACAUCCUCAACCAGAUGAGCUUCAUCAAGGCCCAGAAUGAAACCAAGUUCAAGGAAGUCUCCCACGUCAUCAUCAUGUUCACUGACGGAAUCUCCAACAUGGGAGGAGGAGCAAAGCCAAAGGUGGAUAAAAUCCAGUCCCUGGUGAGGAAUGCAGAAAAACUGGAUAUUUACGUCUUUGGCGUGGGUGAAGACAUUAAUGAUGAAGAAAUCAAUUCUCUGGUGUCAAAGAAGCCCCCUGAGAAACACUACUACAGACUGAAGGAACUUAAAUCUUUGGAGGAAACAUUUGACCAAAUGAUUGAUGAGAGCACCAGCGUGGGACUGUGUGGGCUCUACAGGGACUAUGACAAAGGCACCAUGUCCACCAAACGCCAGAGAUACCCCUGGGUGGCAAAGGUGGCAGUCAAUAGAAUCGAGGAUGGGCGCAGUACCACCAGUAACUGCCUGGGGGCUCUUGUCACCCCCCGUUUUGUUUUGACGGCUGCCCACUGCUUCAAGUUUGGUGAUGUAGCAAGACUGAUCACUGUGACGAUUGAGGACGACAACGGACCAUCAGGCAAGAAGGUAGAAAAGUACAUACCUCACCCAAAGUACAACAGCAGCGCAAAGAAGGACCAGGGCAUCCCGGAGUUCUAUGACUACGACGUGGCCCUGAUUCAGUUAAAGGAGGAUGUGAAAAUCUCUGUGCAGGCCAGGCCUAUGUGUAUCCCGUGUACUGAGGAAACCAAUCGAGCACUGAGGUUGCCUCUUUCAACAACAUGUAAAAAGCAGGAGGAGAUCCUUCUGUCCAGUGAUUUCGAGCAGGCACAAUUCAUCGACCAUGAGUCCAUGGCUCGGAAGAACGUCAGCAUUAAGCUGGGGAUUCGGAGGGAUGCUUGUGUUGAAGAUGUUAAGAAGGCUGAAAACAUCACAGCCAAAAAUGCCAAGGAUGUUGUGACUGAUAACUUCCUGUGUACCGGGGGGAUCGAAGAGCAGACGGAUCAUGUGGCCUGCAAAGGUGACUCUGGUGGAGCUGUGUUUGUGGAACGGCAGAGAAGGCUCAUCCAGGUGGGCGUGGUCAGCUUUGGAGUCAAGAAUUUGUGUGUUGGCAAAAAGACGACUCCGGAUUCGGACGCUUCUUCCCGGGAUUAUCACAUUAAUCUGUUUAAAGUGCAGCCUUUCCUUAAGCAGCACCUGACAAACCCUGCUUUUGCACCACUAACGUUCAGAGACUGAUAGUCUUUUUACACCACGAUACGCAUUUGUCAGCCUUAAUGUGUUUUGUAUUUAUAAAGUAACUCUUCUGUGAAUUUCAGAGUAGUGACUAUUCAACAGGUCUCUUCACAAGAUACUUGCUAUUCAUUAUCUUUUUUUCAUUCCUUAAAUUCAUUAUUGAAUUUUUUUUUCAAUUUAUUAACAUGCUUUCACUGGCAUUUUUCUUCCUGUCCAGCUCUCAAAUAAAAGCUUGCAGUCAUUGUCCAACAGUCU